ACAUUGCUUCUCGCGAUCAAACUUCUGUCCAAAGUGUUUCUUCAGCAACUCCAAGAGCUAUCACAGUUAUCCACCUUCUGCAAACUAUGGCUCGGUGUCCUAACCCGAAUGGAGAAAUACAUGAAAGUGAAAGUAAGGGGCAAAAAAAGCGACAAGCUCCAGGAAUCAGUGCCAGAGCUACUGAAGAACAUAUUGCUUGUGAUGAAGACCAAAGGCGUGCUUUUGCAAAGAAGUGCACUUGGUGGAGAUAGCUUAUGGGAACUAACAUGGCUUCAUGUUAACAACAUUGCUCCGUCUAUGCGACUCGAGGUAUUCCCUGAUCAAGAAUCAACACAGCUUUGCGAUGAUGAAACCGUAUCUAACGGCUUAUCUUCUCCUGAAACUGGCACAACUGGUUCGUGACCUUUAUAUGAAAUGACUGAACUGAAAGUGAAAAGCAUUUUAUGUAAACCUCUCUACGCUUUUUUUUUUGUAAUAUAUAUGUGUUUCUAAUUCAGAUAUCAGAUUAAGCCC